GAAUUUGACCUAGGGGGCGCGUUUUGUCGACCUUGAGAUCAUGAUGUUGCGAGAGGUACAAGAUGCUCUUAGCAGGAAAUCACCGACUUUGCCUGAAGAAAAAAACAAAAGAUUUUGGAAGUGCCCUCAACCGAAUUGUCACGGCUUUGCUUGUCCUUCUGACUUCAGAUGUACCAUGUGCAGCAAAGUUAUUGAUUUUUCCGACACCUCAUUGAAGUCUUCUGCUAAAACGGAAUGCGUUAUAUCAUCGCCUAAUGGUACACCACCUGUGAAAAGAACAAGGACUGUCAACAACUCCCACCUUGUUCCACUUACCAUAUUUAGUAUCGGAAGAUCAGGGAUUUUCGAUGGUCGUGCAGAAGAUUGUUGUAUUAGUUCAUCUUCUAUUUCAUGCAAAGUUAAAGUAGAAGGCGUGUGGACCAGUGUCACCAUCCAAUCCAAUAACAUGGAAAUGCUCGUUUUCUGCGAAACCCUUCAGGUGAUUUUCGUGAAACCAUCUGUUUCUUUCAAGUCGAAACUUUCCGAAUUGCUUAAAAUCAAGGAGUUUGUUCUGCCAAGCGUGAAGUGGCUAAUUUUGGUAUUCAGAGAACCAUCUGCUAGUGACUUAUUGUAUAUAACAGUAAAUGAUCUUGAAGGUUUGGCCAAUCGGGUUUGUGAAAACGGAUCGUGUGACAUACACUGUGGUGCAGAAAAAGCUAGGGAAAUUCUUUCUAGUUGUGGCCUUCGUUUGCCGCGUGCUGAAUCUAAAAGGGCCAAUUCAAACCAAAUCUCCCAAGCCCAAACCAAGACUGAAACAGCUCCUUUUUCAAAUUCGGAAUCUAGUUCAUCCCAAGUUGACAAACACACAAAUGAGGGUGGCCUAUUGACCAAUGUGAUGAAUACUCUUACUCAUUCCGGUAUCCAGCUCACAAAUAAUUCAAGUUCACUUCUUCAGGAAAGCGAAAAUAUGGUUAAAAGAAAACUGACAGCAGGUGAAUGGAAUAAAGAAUGCGAUGAUUUGAUCAUUCUUUCUGAAGAAAAUACUGAAGAAUGGAUUCAAACUUUUAAUUUGGUCUAA